AAAAAAAUUUUCGAAAAAUAUAUGAUGUAAAUAAUAUUUGUAGUUAUGCCGGUAAAAUUCUCAGCAUUUUUCGUACUGUCGUUUUCUGAGUUAAGUCGUACCGAAAGUGAAAGAUUUAUAAAUGAUAUAUCCACAAAAUUAACUGCUUUUUAUUAAAUAUCGAAAUACAAUGUAUGAACCAAUUGCAACAACAGAAAAAUCGCAAAAGAUCGAGGCGAUAAACAAAGAAACAAUACAUCGUAUUUGUUCUGGACAGGUAGUGAUUGAUCUUUCAAUUGCUGUAAAAGAAUUAGUUGAAAAUAGCUUAGACAGUGGAGCUACAAUUGUUGAUGUAAAGCUAACAGAUUAUGGAAAAACAUGUAUAACUGUCUCAGACAAUGGAAGUGGAGUUGAAGAACAAGAUUUUGAAGGAUUAGGUUUAAAACAUUAUACAUCUAAACUGCGUGAAUUUUCGGACUUAACAGAGGUAAAUACAUUUGGAUUUCGUGGAGAAGCUCUAAGUUCAUUAUGCGCAUUAGGUGAUCUAAGUAUCGUAACCAGACAUUUGACUAAUGAACAUGGAUUCAAAUUGGAAUUUGAUAGGAAUGGUUUAUUAAAAAAGAAAGAAAUAUAUGCUAGAGAAAAGGGAACGUCAGUUCAUGUAAAAAAUAUAUUUAAAAAUCUUCCAGUUAGAGCGAAAGAAUUUCAUAGAAAUAUAAAAAAGGAAUAUACACGUACUAUUCAAAUAUUAUACAGUUAUUGUUUAGUUUCCGUUAAUGCAAAAAUAUCAUGUACAAAUACAAUCUCAGGAAAAUCCUCUAAUCUUAUUGUAAGCACGGCAAAUGCGGAUAGUGUUCUUAAAAAUGUUAUUGCUGUCUUUGGUAAAAAAUCUGUUGAUAGUUUGAUUCAAGUUGAAUUACAACCGCCUGAUGAAACAACCUUAGAAGAAUACAACUUACCAAAUAAUUCCAAGAUAGACUUUGAUUGGGAAUGUUACGUUAGCAGCUGUGAUCAUACCUGUGGUCGUUCUACUCCUGAUAGACAAUUUUUUUAUGUAAAUGGACGACCUUGCGAUCUUGCAAAAAUAAAUAAAUUAAUUAAUCAUAUAUAUCAUAAAUAUAACAAUAAACAAUAUCCUUUCAUAUUUUUGAAUUUAAAAUUGAAUCAAGAAUGUGCUGAUAUUAAUGUUACACCAGACAAAAGAACUAUUUUGUUCACACAUGAAAAAAUAAUUUUAGCCUCUGUUAAAUUUAAUCUGAUAAGAAAAUGGGAGUCCGUGCAAGGAAAUUUUACUGUAAAAACCUUGACAGAAUUAAAUGUUGGAUUUAAAAGAAUAGCUUCUUCUACUCAUGAGGAUCCACCAGCAAAACGAAUACAACUUUUUCAUAGAUCACAAAGUAUUGAAAAAAAUAAUGAAAAAGAAGCGCACAUAGAGACAGACAAUGUUUUUGAAGAAAAUAAUGAAGUUGUAGAAAAAUUAUUGAACAUUGAAAUACCUAUUAAUAUAGAAAAAGUAAAAGAAAAGUUUUACGAAAAAAAGAAAGCAUCUAAGAAUGACGUUAAUAAAAAUGUAAAUUUGAAGUAUAAAGUACAAAUAGAAGCUGAUCAGAAUAAUGAAGCUGAGAAAGAACUACAAAGAGAACUUACCAAAGAAUCGUUUACAAAGAUGGAGGUUAUAGGGCAAUUCAAUUUAGGUUUUAUUAUAGCUCUGUUGGAAAAUGAUCUUUUCAUAAUUGAUCAGCAUGCAACAGAUGAAAAAUUUCGUUUCGAAAAAUUAAGUAAUGAGACGAAACUGAAAACGCAAAAAUUAAUUAUACCUAAACCUUUAAAUCUUUCAUCUUUAAAUGAAACUAUUCUCAUAGAACAACGAGAAAUAUUCGAAAGCAAUGGUUUCGAAUUUAAAAUAAAUACUGAAGAUGACGUUGGAAAACGUGUAGAAUUAAUCGGAAUGCCGGUUAGCUUUGGCUGGCAAUUUGGACAAGGAGAUAUAGAAGAAUUAAUUUUUUUAAUCAAAGAAGGAGCGAUAGAACAUAAAGUUUCUUCUGAAAUUCCUCGUCCAAGUCGAGUUCGGCAAAUGUUAGCAUCAAGAGCAUGUCGUAGCGCAGUUAUGAUCGGUACUGCAUUAAAUAAUGCAGAAAUGCAAAAAUUAAUAAUACAAAUGAGUCAAAUGAAAAAUCCUUGGAAUUGUCCACAUGGUAGACCUACAAUACGACAUCUAUUUUCUUUAUUCCUAAUGAAUGGAUAAUA